AUGUCUGAAAUUGUAUAUUCACAGAAGGAAUCAAGUUUUGCAAAUUUGAGAAUCGCAGGUGAUUUCACAAAUUGGGAGAUCAAAUCCAUGGAGAAGAGGUCAGAUGGUGAUGUCGAUACUGACACUUGGGUGUACCCGAUUGAAGAAUCAUUUUUAAAAUCGAAGAGUCACGAUGACAAACAGAAAAUUCCAAUCUGUUUCAAAUUCAUCGAUGAUAAUGGUAAUUGGUUCACUGUUGAUGCGUUUGAAAAGGAUCGGGAUGAACAUAAUAAUGUCAAUAACGUAAAGACAAUUGAUCUCGACGAAAUAGCUGAGGAGAGCAUAAAGAAGCAUCUCGAAGAAACCAUUCCAUCUCCUCAGAUCAAGCAUAUUUCUGAAAAUCAAGAAAACAACUCAUUCGCUAGAAAUAUGAGCACUGAAGCUCCAAUAACUCCAGUGCCAUCUUUGAAAGAGGAGUUUAGGAAAAAUUUUGAUUCAAAGAGUGAAGAAAAGAUUAAUGAGGAUGAUCUUGAUCACGAUUUGACAGCAUUUGAUCCAGUCAUCGAUAAUGACAUUACGACACAACUGAACAUUCCUGCACCUGGAAGCAUUCACAGUGGUACUGAGGCCACUGAGGGAUCAGACAGCGACCAUGAAAAUAUGAUCUUUUAUUCCCCAAUGGGAUUGAAGAAACAAUAUGGCACAAGUAACACCAUAUUGUCCCCAAAGGCAAUGAGCUUAAAUAAUAACAGUCCAAACAAAAGUAACAAUCAUUCUUUCUCGUCAAGGGAGUCCUCUAUCAUUGUGAAUGACGAGGAAAUGAAUAUACAAGUCCCACAAGGUAAUGAUGUUACAGCGGUUGCAAACACCAAUAACUAUGAGCCAGAACAUUAUAAGACCUUGUUAGAAAGAAUUCUAGGAAUAUUCUCCGGAAUUUUCACCUCUUGGUUUGGUCUCUUCGCCAGUAACGCUGAAGAAAAUGAAACUAGUUGA